AUGUCAGACAAACAGUUCGAAGGAAUUCCUUUCUUGAAUGAAGAGGAAGGCCUCUCAGAGCAGGGCGACCUGCCUGUUGAUAAGAACCGUUACCAGAAAAAAUCCUACCGCAUCUCUAAAAUCAUUCUCUACUCUCUCUUUCUAGUCGCAAUUCUCAUCAUAACAGCGAUUUCGAUUGCAACUCAAAAGAUCCUUACGACAAACACAAGAGGCGAACAUCCAAACAACAGCCAAAAUUCUGAUUCAUUCGACCUUUCUCUCGACGCAAAACUCGCCCCGAAUCGACUGAAUCCAGAUUUAUAUGAAUUCCCGCGGCUCGGCAAUGUCGUGGCCAAGACAGAGGGCUGCGGUACCAGCCCAGAAGAAGCCAAAGCCCUGGGAUGCAUCUUCGACCCGAUGAACUGGCAUUGGACACGGCCGGAGUGCUUCUACGAAGAAGGAUCUAAAAAUGCCCAGGCUCAGGGGCCCUGGAAGUAUUUCCGAGACGCGAAUCACACAGAAGAGAUGUAUUUGGCCGACGAACAAGCAAUGUCAACCGAGCGACUGAUGUACACGGAGCACAGCUGGCAUGUUAAUCAUUGUAUCUAUGCUUUAGAGUCCAUGCAUCGUGCAGCUAUGCUGGACAAGUGGAUUCCGGAGGAGGCAGCGAGCUGGCCACAUACUUUGCACUGCAUGAUGGUUUUUCGAAUGAUGAACACACCACCAAAGAAGCCGAACACGCGUGUAGACAUGCAAUUUCUAGGUUGUGUCAAGUUCGAGCAUAGCUAG